GUCGAUUAGAGCACGCCCCCACGACACGUCGUUUCCGAAACUCACCCGAUUAACAUAGUAGUGUGUGUCUGUGGCAUACAUGGGCCGGUUAAGCCGUCUGCAAUUUCUGGGAGUGGCAAUUACUUUCCAUCUACGGAGUACUCUAUGUACAUUCCAUUUUCGACGUUUACUUUGUGAGCCCCGUCGUCGGAGAUAUGGAAGGCCUACCGCGUCCAGACUGCCGGUCAACGCGUUGUGCUUCUUCGUCGGUAUGUUAUACGUCCAUAAGCUGAUAGUAAAUGGCAGGUUCAAUCUCUCCGGUAACUGGUAACAGAAUCUAAGAGUAGAGGUAUUCCUACGGAGUACUGUUCCAGGUACAUAAUUCUUGUCUAACCUACCUUAUCCAAGGGAGGGCGGUCACGAUUAGCAGAAUCAAUCGGAAAAAAAAAUACUAUGUAUUAAUGAAAAAAACCAAAGUCCAAUACGGCGUACUCCCACCUAAAAGUUACACUGCAAAAAAA